AGAGGUGAUGAGAGGAGUGAAGUUCUCCAAUUCACUGGGACAGCGUAUGAUAGCUGGGGAAGAGUAAAGAGCACACAGGCAGAUCCAGGAUACUCGCUCAGAAGAUGAGCGUUGUUCCCAUGAGGAGAGUCCUGAAUGACAACGUGGGCUCCGGCGAGGAUGUGAAUACGAGCUCUGGGAUGGAGAAGGCGAUCAGCAAGGAGCCUUUCUCCUCCCUGCUCCCUCGACUGCAUUCAUCUUCUCAUUCUACAGCCUAUCAUCUAUCUGAUCAGGUUUACCUACAGGCUGCAGAUAUUUUCCAGCAGCUGUGUAGAGACAAGCCAGCCAGCCAACAUCAGCGUCUACAUUAUGGAAAAAAGACGGAAACAUCGCUGCUCAAGAGCGGGGACAAAACCAUGGAGAAGCAUGCCUUCCAGCUCGCCUUUAGCACACUUAAAUAUCAAGAUUUACUCGAGGACAUCAUCUCCGACAGCUGCUUCCAUACUUCGCAGCAUAUUUCUGACGACUUACUGCCUUUGGCGAUGGUGAUGCUGUUCGACUUUCAGGACAAAAAGUUUUCUCCGUGUGAACGUCCAGCGAUAGAAGAGCAAGAACCCAUCCAGGAAGUCAGGAACCUGGAGAAAAGUCUCCACAGGUGUAAGACCAAGCUGGCUGCCUCUCUAGCUCGCUGCAGAGUGAAGCAGAAUCUGCAGAGUGUCUCCUGCUUCCUGUCCGACAGUGUCAGGACCAAACAGCAGCGAGCAAGAGGUCUGCCACUGUGCGCAUGGAUCAAUACUCUCAAGAUCAGUCUUGACGAGAUGUGUGAAGUGUUACAAAGCGCCGGUUUGUGUCAAGCGGAGAACGUGACCGAACUCAAGGAGUCCACAUUCUGUAGGGACCCCCUCUGUCCCGACACACUCAUCUUCUCGCAGCAUCUUCAAGCUUGGCUCCAGCACAGCAGCCUCACCGCCACACCUGUGCUGAACAUACAGGACAGGAGCGUGUGCGUGGCAGCAAGUGUGUUACGCCCCCUGCUGUUUGAUAAAAGUGACGUCCUGCUAGCGGGGGCCUUCUCAGCCAUGACCGUGGCACACGUCGCUGUUGUGGCUGCUGCCCGCUCGGUCCGAGUGCUGGUGUGUGGUGCUGAGCACAACCCCUCACACAAAGAGGAGAUCCAGGAACUGCUCAAACAGAUGGACUUAAAAAAUGUUCGUGUCCUGUCACAAGCGUUUUACGGUCUGGAUGACGGAGAUGCCACCAUCCAGCGAGUAAAGGUCAUCAUGGUGCUGCCUCAGUGCUCGUCCUCUGCCCUUAACGACCCGGUGCCCACUAUCCACAGUGAACACGGAGACUGGGGUCUGCUGCCAGAUUUGUCCCAUGGUUCUGUUUCCAAGAGAAAAAUAAACUCUCUGACCGCCCAGCAGGCAAAACUGCUGGCACACGCUCUCACUUUCCCAAAGGUUCAGACUGUGGUCUACUGCACACGCUCAGUGUAUCCCGAGGAAAACGAACAGCUGGUGAAGAGAGUGUUAGAGAAAACACACACUCACCCCAAACUGCUGCCCUACAGGGUGAAUGGUCCAAUUUUCCCAGACGACUCCUCGUCAGGAGGCGAAACAGACUCACACAAGUUUUUCAGGCUCGAACCAUCGAAGGUCACCAAUGGCUGCUUCGUCGCCAGACUGUCCCGACAGGCAGAUCCAACUAAGGUGGAAACGGUCCAAGAUGUGCUGGCAAGGGCGGCGGCAAAGGGCCUCCUGGGUGGAAUGAUUCCCGAACAAUCAAAAGCUGCUAAAAAGGGGAAAAGCAAGAAGAAUCGAGCAGCAUCAGCCAGCAGCAAACCUUCAUCCUCCUCCAGCCUCGAGAGGGAGACGGGAGGAGAGCUGGCAAAUGGACGAGAUCCAUUCACACCUUCAGGAGAUGAAGAGGAGAAAGGCGAGGGAGACUCUAAAGAUGGUGGUGAAGACGAGGAAGAGGAAAAAGUGGGUGAGACAGAGAAAGAGGGGGAAAAGAAGAGGAGGGGGCAUAAAGGGCGUAAGCGAAAAGGCCAUCCAAAGCAAAGCAAGAAGACUACUGUCUCUACGCAUGAACCUAAAGGCCACAAGAAGAAACAGACAAAGAAAAAAGUCAACCAAUCACAUCACAAGAGGCGUCGGACGAAAAGCAAACCGAGACGAAUACCUCGCCUUACACUAGCUUUAAUGUCCUCUGCAAAACCCUCCAACCACUUGUCUCCAAUCACAGCUCUGGCACAGAGGAUGAGCAUCAAUCCAGCGUUUAAAUCACAGCAGACAUUACUCAGCACGCCUUCCCCCGCUGGAAAGCAUCCUUCAGCCGCUCUUCCUGCCAUACCCGCUCCCCACACAGCCUCCACGGGACUAAACAAACAGCCUGAAAGAGCACAGGAAACAUCGAAGGACGCAGCUAAACCAGCAAAAGAGGCGGUAAGAGCUGACAAUGUGAGGCUGCCACCAAUCUCCUCCACCUCCUCCACCUCUCUGCGCAGCAGGAGUGGCAGUUCUGGCUACCGGCCUCCGUCUGGGACCUCCAACUCCCAGCAAGGCAACAUGUCUACAUCUUCAUCCUCAAUAUCUCUGCCUGAUGUAUAAAAAAAAAAGUAUUCUCACUGAUGUUUAAAUCACAGGAAUGUACUAACACCACAUUAAGUGCUUUUUAAUUAUUACAAUAUUUAUUUAUUUUUUAGCCAUUUUUGUUGCUUAGAUUUGUUUUUUAAAUAUAUGUGGUUCACUCAUAAACUACAUACAACUAGUAAUUUAUGUUGACUAAUACACAAAUAAAUUACUACUUGGGCCACAGUGACGCUACAGUUCACUGAAGAGCAGGUCGCAGUAUUUGUCAGAUAAAUGCAUUAAAAUCUAAAAGGCACCAACGUUAAAGACACAAAGUGUAACUACUGACCUGAUUGGUACCCAUCUAUCAGUCAAAGUGGCCACACAACUGAAAAAUGCAGAACUUAACAUGAUUUAGAUGGUUUAUCAUGUAAAAAUUAAGUGCUUCAUAUAGCUGUCAGAGGCCUGGCUUAAAGGGGACAUAUGCUCAUUUCAGGCCCAUAUUUUCCUUUGUGGGAUCUCACGGUUGUUUUACAUUCACAGUUUAAAAUGAGGCUUAUUUAUCUUAAACUGGAGUUUUAAAAAAAGCAAUAAGCUGAAUAUGCCAACUACUUUGUGUUACUGUCUGUCAGCAUUGUGAUGUUUAUAACCUGCGAGUGAGACCCACAGUGAGGAAAAGCCUGUUUUGGAUAAACGUGGCCCAGAAGCCAGAGCACCGAACCAAACUCGGGACUCGGAGAACUGUUGCAUCACUACGCCAUUUUCAUUUUUGCUUUUUCCUCCAGUAAAAUAAUGCACAUGCCAUCUCUUUAAUCUUUAGUGAUACACAAAAAAAAAAAAAAAAUGUUUCAUGGGAAUAAAUAACUCUUAAUGACUCACGAGCCGCAGACAGCUCAAUCCCAAAAAUAGCUGCAAACACACACACACAGGUUUUAUAAUGCUGUUUAUUCUCACAAUUGGUUACAUUGAUAAAGUGUACAAAUCAGUGAGCAGCAAACGGAAGCAGACACAUCCAUCAGUGGGAAAUGGAUAGUGUAUAUGUGUGUGUGUGUGCGCGCGUUGUUUAUGUGCAAGACUGACAAGAGAUGCAAGGAGUCCACUGCUGCUACAAUCUUCCUCCUCACCCUCCGGUCAGCGGUUCAGAUGGAGCAGUGGACUCCCAGCUCUCGGUACACUGUACAAGGUGAAGAUAUAAUCCAUAACCUGCUGUGUUCUGCAAAGCGGAGCUUGUUGUAGCGUUGUGACUUAACCGGGGACUGAGACGAUGACAGUCAUGAGACUUUACUUGCCCCAACUAAUAAAAAUCAGUAUAUACCUUUUAUAAAAUAGAAUAAAUAAAAUAAAAAAUAUUUCUGUUCAAUACAUACAGUCUCUCUCUCUCUCUCAGACCAUCCCAGAGCAUGCAAGGCUUUUCAUGACUUUCCAUUUCUCCAGAUCAAAAGAAUGCAUAGAUAAUUGCUAAGUUAAAUUCAGCAUCAACUUAACUGACAACUGUGAGCGUUUCCGAUCGCCUCCGUGUUCAUUAUUUGCUCUCGUAUUCUUCGUUAUCUACAAUGUAUAUCAGUAUUUUACACUUUGGCCAUUUGGUGAAUUUUCAAAAAAUAGAAAAAAAAAAAAUAAAAAAGGCAUUUCAUUAGAGGAAAAUAACAGGCAAACAAAUACAUAAAAAAAAAAAAAAAAAAAAA